ACACACACGGUGAUACAAAUACCUAUUUGAGCUGCUCAGUUAUUCUCUCUCAGGAGCUGGAAGCAGCCGUAUGGGAUGAAGGAGGGACCUGGAGAAGCAGAUCUUUUAAGGAAGAAGACAGAUUCUGUUCUGUCAGGUUCCUCUGAGUGUGUGUACGAGCAAGUCAGAGAAGAGAGAGAGGAGAGAGAGAGGAAAAGGCAGAGGGAGAGAGGGAGAGAGGGGGAGAGGGGAUCUGUUGCAGGCAGGGGAAGGCGUGACCUGAAUGGAGAAUGCCAGCCAAUUCCAGAGACACACAGGGACCUCAGAACAAAGAUAAGACAUCGCUGACACCACACCGGGGACGAGCUCGCAGACAAGUCAGGCCGGGGAGACCAGGCAGCCAGGAACACCCAAGGCAGGAAAAUGAGGUGGCUCCUUCUCUCUCAUGCUCUGUGCUUCUCCUUGUUGAAGGCUUUGGCCCACAUAGUGGAGCUUAACAAUAUGUUUGGCCAGAUUCAGUCGCCUGGCUAUCCAGACUCUUAUCCAAGUGAUUCAGAGGUGACGUGGAAUAUCACUGUCCCAGAGGGAUUUCGGAUCAAGCUUUACUUCAUGCACUUCAACUUGGAAUCCUCUUACCUUUGUGAAUACGACUAUGUGAAGGUAGAAUCUGAAGACCAGGUGCUGGCAACCUUCUGUGGCAGGGAAACCACAGACACAGAACAGACCCCUGGCCAGGAAGUGGUCCUCUCCCCUGGCUCCUUCAUGUCUAUCACUUUCCGUUCAGAUUUCUCCAACGAGGAGCGAUUCACAGGCUUUGAGGCUCACUACAUGGCUGUGGAUGUGGACGAGUGCAUGGAGCGAGAGGAUGAGGAGCUGUCCUGUGACCACUACUGCCAUAACUACAUCGGCGGCUACUACUGCUCCUGCCGCUUCGGCUACAUCCUCCACACAGACAACAGGACAUGCCGAGUGGAGUGCAGUGACAACCUCUUCACGCAGAGGACUGGCGUGAUCACCAGCCCCGACUUCCCCAGCCCUUACCCUAAGAGCUCCGAAUGCGUCUACACCAUUGAGCUGGAGGAGGGUUUCAUGAUCAGCCUGCAGUUUGAGGACAUUUUCGACAUUGAGGACCAUCCUGAGGUGUCCUGCCCCUAUGACUACAUCAAGAUUAAAACCGGUCCAAAAGUUCUGGGGCCCUUCUGUGGAGAGAAAGCCCCAGAACCCAUCAAUACCCAGAGCCACAGCGUCCAGAUCCUGUUCCGCAGUGACAACUCAGGCGAGAACCGGGGCUGGAGGCUGUUGUACAGGGCAACAGGGAAUGAGUGCACCAAGCUGCAGCCUCCUGUCCAUGGGAAUAUUGAGCCCUUGCAAGCCAAGUACUUUUUCAAAGACCAGGUGCUCAUCAGCUGUGACACAGGCUACAAAGUUCUGAAGGAUAAUGUGGAGAUGGACACGUUCCAGAUCGAGUGUCUGAAGGAUGGGACGUGGAGUAACAAGAUUCCCACCUGUAAAAUUGUGGACUGUGGAGCCCCGGCAGAGCUGGAAAACGGACUGGUCACAUUUUCCACCAGAAACAACCUUACCACAUACAAAUCUGAGAUCAGAUACUCCUGUCAGCAGCCCUACUACAAGAUGCUGCACAGUAUCACAGAUGUAUAUACGUGUUCUGCCCAAGGAGUCUGGAUGAAUGAAGUCCUGGGGAGAAGCCAGCCCACCUGCCUGCCAGUGUGUGGGAUCCCCAAGUUCUCCCGGAAUCUGAUGGCCAGGAUCUUCAAUGGACGCCCAGCCCAGAAGGGCACCACCCCAUGGAUUGCCAUGCUGUCACACCUGAAUGGGCAGCCCUUCUGCGGGGGCUCCCUUUUAGGCUCCAAAUGGAUUGUGACCGCGGCUCACUGCCUUCACCAACUGCUGGAUUCAGAGGACGCAACCCUACAUGGCUUGGACCUGCUCAGCCCCUCUGCUUUCAAAAUCAUCAUGGGCAAGCAUUGGAGGUACCGGCCAGAUGAGAAUGAACAGAGUCUCAACGUCAAACAAAUCUUCCUCCAUCCCCUGUAUAACCCCAACACAUUUGAGAAUGACGUGGCUCUGGUGGAGCUGUCGAAGAGCCCGGUGCUGAAUGACUUCGUGAUGCCCAUCUGUCUGCCGCAGGGGCCACUGCAGGAAGGGACCAUGGUCAUCGUCAGUGGCUGGGGGAAGCUGUUCUUGCAAAGGUUCCCGGAGACCCUGAUGGAGAUCGAAAUCCCAGUUGUUGACCACCGCAUCUGCCAGGAGGCCUAUACCCCACUGAAGAAGAAAGUGACCAGAGACAUGAUCUGUGCUGGGGAGAAGGAAGGCGGGAAGGAUGCCUGUGCGGGUGACUCUGGAGGGCCCAUGGUGACCUUGGAUAUAGAGAGAGGCCAAUGGUACCUGGUGGGCACGGUGUCCUGGGGUGUGGACUGCGGAAAGAAGGACCGUUACGGAGUGUAUUCCUACACCUUCCACAACAAGGACUGGAUACAGAGGGUCACCGGGAUGAGGAAUUGAAUUCGGUUCCUCACCGUCUUCCUCACAUGUCCAUAUGGUCAGUCAGCAGCAGAGGAUGGUUAUCUGAUGCAAGAUGCCCCUUGCCCUACACGCACCUCAUUUGGCCCAUCUAUUACUGGCCAAUAAAGGGGGCAUCUCAGCCCCCUUCUCAGUCUCUUUAAAGCAGCAGAGUAGCAGGGUGGUCAGAAUCCAGGUUGUAUCACCUACUAGCUUUGUAACACUGGGCAGGUGACCUCACGUCUUUGAGCCUCAGUUUCUUUGUCCGUAUUAUGGAAAUGGCAUACCUUACCUACCUCAUAAAAGUCUGAUGAGGAUCAAAUUUAGUUAAUAUACAUAUAGCAUGUAGCACAGUGCAGGCAUAAACUAAGUGCUCAAUAAAUAUGACUUAGCAGAAGGCCGGUGUGUCUAGCAGGCACAUUACAUUCUCUUACAAAUCCUGGCUGGGCCUUAGGGCUGACCAGUGUGCACCGCUCCCCUCAACCUUGACCAUCUCCUUCACCUGCCCCCGAAUGCUCCAUGCUUCUUUACUACCAUGCAUUUCCCAUCCUCAAUCCUCCCCAUAAAAAGGUAAAAGAGACAAUGUUCUUAGUCUAUGGCAUGUCCCAUAGUGAGGCCCUUAUGACCAUGAGCUGGAUACCAAACUGUGAGAGUGCCUGAGAGAAGCAGGCACUCUCACAGGGUGGGGAGACUGGGAAUGGUGAAUUAGGAAGUCAGACAUCAGGUUCUAGAACCAGCUCUGCCCGCAGCUCCCUGUGACUCU